AUUAACCCAUACUUUUAGGGCUCCUAGUCCACAAGUGUUUACUGUGAAAUACUUAGGUACAUUUUUAUCUACGUGGACACGAGGCUCAACAUGGAAAAGGUUGGUGUUCUGAUCGUCGGUGCCGGACCCGCUGGGCUUGGAGCAGCGACACGCCUUAACCAACAUGGACACAAGGAUUGGCUGCUUAUUGACUCGGCUCCCGAGGCAGGUGGUCUGGCGUGCACAGAUGUUACACCUGAGGGAUUCCUUUUUGAUAUGGGCGGCCAUGUCAUCUUCAGCCACUGGGAGUACUUUGACCAGCUGUUGGACUCGGCGCUGGGCUCCGGACCGGAAGCUUGGAACACGCUGGAGCGCGUCUCUUACGUUUGGAUUCGUGAUCGCUGGGUGGCGUAUCCUUUCCAAAACAACAUCAGUGCGCUCCCCAAGGAGGACCAGAUCAAGUGUUUGACCGGCCUGGUUGAGGCGAAGGUCGCCAACACUGUCGCGCAAGGGCGCCCGAAGAAUUUCGACGAGUGGAUUCUGCGUGUCAUGGGCCCAGGAAUCGCAGACAUCUUCAUGCGCCCGUACAACUUCAAGGUGUGGGCCAUUCCCACGGACCUGAUGCAGUGCAACUGGCUGGGUGAGCGUGUCGCGACCGUGGACGUCGACCGCGCGAUUGCCAACGUCAUUAACAACAAGGAGGACGCCGGCUGGGGCCCCAACGCCGUGUUCCGCUUCCCGACCUCCGGUGGCACGGGAGCGAUCUGGAAGGGCGUUGCCAAGCUGCUGCCGGAGGAGCGCCAGCGCUACGGCCAGAAGGUCGUGUCGAUCGACAAGGACGAGAAGGUGGUGACGCUGGAGAACGGGCACAAGUACCAGUACGAGGCGCUGGUGUCCACUAUCCCGCUAGACCUGACUCUGACCUGGCUGGGCAAGGAGGAGUGGGCCAAGGGCCUGCAGCACAGCUCGUCACACAUCAUCGGCGUGGGCAUUCGCGGUCUGAGCCCGCAUGGGUCGAAGUGCUGGCUGUACUUCCCGGAGAGCAACUGCCCCUUCUACCGGUGCACCGUUUUCUCCAACUAUGCGAAGCUGAACUGCCCAGAGGGCGAUGUCAAGCUCCCGACGCUCUGCAUGGGCGACGGCAGCCACCCGGAGAGCGGGGAGGCGAAGGAGGGACCGUACUGGUCGCUGAUGUUCGAGGUCAGCGAGUCCAACUACAAGCCGCUCAACCAGGAGCUCGUCACCCUGGGCGGCACAGCGGGCACCUGGCCGGAUGUGGUGCGGGACACGCUCAUCGGCGCCAUUAACACCCAGCUGAUGAAGGCGGGUGACGAGGUGGUGUCGCUGUACCACCGCCGCAUCGAGCACGGCUACCCCACGCCGUCGCUGGGCCGCGACGAGGUGCUGGACAAGGCGCUGCCGUGGCUGCAGCAGUACGGCAUCUGGAGCCGCGGCCGCUUCGGCAGCUACAAGUACGAGGUGGCGAACCAGGACCACAGCCUCAUGCUGGGCGUCGAGUGCGCCGACAACAUCCUGCACGGCUCCAAGGAGCUCACACUGACCUUCCCCGACAUCGUCAACGCCAAGAAGAACACCGAGCUCCUGUACAAGCGCAAGUAAAUUUGUGCAUAAAAUGACGGCUGCAGGCGUUGCCGCUGUCCACGUGAUGCUAUUCGCUUGACCUGAGAUGUUCCGCUCGAGUGAAAAGAGCUCCUUAUCGUGAUCCUGAUCAGCUUUCCUAGGUGCCGGACAUAGAUGACCGAAGCGGACGUACUUUGGUCCCCACCAGUAUGAACGGGUGUAUCGAGUAUAGCGCAGCGUGCAUUGGUCAAGUGGGGUGGAAGGUUGUCUGGAAGCCGUGUGCAACACCGGACGUUACCCAAGUUGUGUGACCUGUGAUCUUCCAGACAAUCCGUGAUCCGUGUAUUCUAUGACUAUGCCUGUUUCGGACGUGCGUUUUUCCUCGUACUCUUGGUGCCAUGCAUAUGCCUUUGAACGCCUGUAAAUUUUGCUGUGCUGUUAUUAUUACGAACACACACCUGAC